AUGGAUAUUCAUCGUUGUCGAUUCGUUCCCUACAAGCCCUCCGCCAUCAAUGCCAUCGCCUUCUCUCACCCCAAGACACGCUCAGCGCAACAAGGUGCCCUCGCGCGACUUGCGAUCGGACGAGCUAAUGGCGAUAUCGAGAUCUGGAACCCUCAGAAUGGCUCCUGGAACCAGGAGCUAAUCAUUCCUGGUGGCAAAGAUCGAAGCGUCGAUGGAUUGGUCUGGGUCAAUGAGCCCGACCAGGACCUCGGCGAUGGACGCGUCGUCAACGGAAAGUCAAGACUCUUCAGCAUAGGCUAUACUUCUACAGUCACCGAAUGGGAUCUCGAGACAGGACGGCCCAAGAGACACGCCAGCGGCCAACAUGGAGACAUCUGGUGCAUGGCUGCUCAGCCCGGUGGAAGCGACAAAACCGGCCUCGGCGUCGAUUCCCAAGACUCUACCAAGCUUGUCGCCGGAACAAUUGAUGGCGAGCUUGUCAUGUACUCGAUUGAGGACGACGACCUGCGAUUUCAGCGAGUUCUGUUGCGAUCGCCUACCAAGAAGGCUCAGAUGGUCAGCAUCACCUUCCAGUCACGCAGAGUCGCCAUUGUCGGCUGCUCCGAUAGCACGAUUCGAGCGUACGAUGUUACAAAGGGCCACAUGUUGCGCAGGAUGACACUGGGCGCUGACCAUGAGGGUCGUGCUAAGGAUAUCAUCGUCUGGUCUGUCAAGUGUCUACCCAACGGCAACAUCGUCUCGGGCGAUUCCACUGGCCAAGUUUGCCUCUGGGAUGGCAAGACAUAUACCCAAGCACAGCGAAUUCAGAGUCACAAGCAGGAUGUUCUUAGUCUCGCAAUAAGCGCCGACGGUACUUCCAUCCUCAGUGGUGGCAUGGAUCGACGAACGAUUCUUUACAAGCAGAACAGCGGUGCUGGAGCGCGAUGGAGCAAGGUCUGGGGACGAAGAUACCACGACCACGAUGUCAAGUGCAUGGCAUCCUUUGAGAGUGGCAAAAUCAGCGUCGUUGUUUCGGGAGGUCCCGAUGCUAACCCCGUCGUUAUCCCACUGAAGGAAAUGGGACGCGAGAACCACCGUAUCAUGUCUAGUCUGCCGCAGCAAGCUCCUUUGUUGAGCGCACCAAAGGCUCGCUUCGUUGUCAGCUGGUGGGAUAGGGAGGUUCACAUCUGGCUUCUUCGACAGUCAGCUACCGAAAUGAUCAACACCGAGAACAACGAUAUCAACCAAAACCGCAAGCUGAUUAAGACUAUUGUUGUCAAAGGAGAUUCGAAUAUUACCUCGGCAACUAUUGACGACGAGGGUUCGCUUCUGAUUGUUGCUACUGCUAUCGAUGUUAAGGCCUUCAGACUAGAACACCAGGAUCCCGUCAGGCCCUCUGAUGUCAGGGUCUGGUCUUCCGAACUUCCUUCAAAGCUUGCGGGAGUCGGUGCCACCAAGGUACAGCUGUCGCCUAACGCGCAGUGGCUCUGCGCAAUCCAGGAAGGCUCUCGCGUUGUCAUGGGUGCCCUCGACCCCGUUACUCCCAGACCUGAACUUGUCUUUUCACCAACUGUCCAACGACUGACACGCCUACGGCGAUCAGUUCAACGUCAUAUCCUCAACGGAGGACUGGGCAAAUAUGACAGGGCCAUUACGCAGGUCGCCUUCUCCCCGGACUCCAAGAUGCUCGCAGUGUCUGACAUCGCCGGCUAUAUCGACACCUGGAUUUUGAGCGAUGGUCAAAAGAUAAAGUCAGAGGGUGACGCGUCCUCAUCAGGUGAGAGUGACUCUUCGGAUGAGGAAGAGGAGCUCUCGCAGAACAUUGAGAGGUGGAUCCGUAACCCCAAUGCUAAGCUACUGCCCAAGUUACAAUCUGCAGCUACGGUUCUGUCAUUCUCAGCCGAUGUUCCUCGAGCCAAGGUCUCCCCUAGAAGCUCUUUUGACGGAAUUGAUGGCGCAGCUGACCUUGUCGACGACUACACCCUCCUCACAAUCACCUCGUCGUGGAGCUUGCGUACCUUCCACCCUCUGCAAGGCUCUCUCACCCCUUGGUCACGCCGCAAUGGCCGAAGUGAGCUGCCCGCUCCUGUGCAGGAUCUUCUCGAUCUCGCCAAGGGAGUUUUCUGGGAGGGCUCCCGUGCUUGGAUCUACGGUGUCUCAUUCCUCCUCAUGCUUGACCUAGCUCAAGAUCUCCCUAAAUCGUUGGAGAGCGACAGCAACGACAAAUCGCUCAAGCGCAAGAGAACAGGACCCUCUACCGGAGCUGGUGGCAGAAUGGAGCAAGGCGCUAUUGCCCCCUCGCUGGUUCGCAAGCACACUGCCGGUCAGUGGGAGGACGUUGAUAUGGAAGACGCCCCCCAACCCGAGGAUGACAUCAGCGACGAUGAGGCUGAACAGCCCAACAGUGAACUCGCUCAACUACGGAACCGUGAAGUGGGCAAAGACACUGAAGCCGCCGAGACUGGCGGUGAACGCAAGAGCUGGUGGAUGACCUUCAAGUACAGACCCAUCUUUGGUGUCGUUCCCAUCAGCACCGCAGGCCAGCCUCUCGAGGUUGCCCUGGUGGAGAGGCCGACAUGGGAUGUGGAUAUGCCCGAGAGCUACUUUGCCGUUGAGCAGUGGAGGAAGUAA